AUGAAAGCUGGAUACACAGGGGUCAGAUUACUGGACAGUCUUGACCGUUGCUCUGGUAGAGUAGAACUGAAAUACAAUGGAAAAUGGGGGACUGUGUGUGAUGCAUCGUGGGAUAUAAGAGCCUCUACUGUCCUCUGCCAUCAACUGAAGUGCGGUCAUGCUGUGGGACAGGCCUGGUUUGGAGAAGGCCAUGAGCCCAUCUGGGCUGAUGUGUUUCAGUGCCAUGGGAACGAGACUCGACUCUCCCAGUGUGCUGUGUCCCCAUGGAGUCGGGCAGCCUGCUCUCAUGGACAGGAUGUAGGAGUCAUCUGCUCUGGUUCGUCUCCGUCCCUUUCAGUUGGGGGAGUCAGGCUGCUGUCAGGGGGGAGUGACUGUGAGGGCUGGGUGGAGGUUUUCUAUAACCAGACAUGGUGGAGGAUCCACAAGAAGUCCUGGAGCUUCACAGAUAGUUCCGUGGUCUGCAGACAGCUCGGCUGUGGCUCUGCAGCGAAGGUCCGUCCAUCUGGGGCAGGUGAAGGUGACAGGUGUGUGACGGGAUUCCAGUGUUCAGGAACGGAGGCUCAUCUGGGGACCUGCAGCUCUCCACAAAUACUCACCUGCAAACCCAGAGACCAGGUGUUCAUAAUCUGCACCAACCACAGAUCCCUCCGGCUGGUAGGGGGUGGUGCAGACUGUGCCGGGAGGCUGGAGGUCUUCCACGGAGGCUCUUGGGGGACGGUGUGCGAUGACUUCUGGGGUCCGGCAGAAGCUCAGGUGGCCUGCAGACAGCUGCGAUGUGGGACAGCCCUCAGCGGGCAGAACCCGGUACCAGCCUACUUUGGCCCAGGAUCUGGACCCAUCUGGCUUGGGCGACUGGGCUGUACAGGAAGCGAGUCAUCCCUGUGGGACUGUCCCUCAGCAUGGUUUGGGCAGCAGGACUGUGGUCACAGGGAGGAUGUGGGGGUUGUGUGCUCAGAACACAAGCUUCUGCGUCUGUCUGAGGGCUGCUUUGGCCAUACAGAGGUCUACUACAAUGGAAGUUGGGGGAGCGUGUGCUUUAAUUUCAUGGAAAAGACUACGGCUGCAGUGAUCUGUCGUCAGCUCGGCUGUGGAGACAAGGGAACAGUUGAUGAAACAAUCUCCAGGCUCAGUCCUGAAGCCAUAAGAGAUGAUGUUGUCAAAUGUCAUCCCCACGACUCCUUACUGUGGCAGUGUCCAUUCUCACUAUCUGGCUGGAACACUUGUACUGAUUCCAAGAUGGCUAAGAUUUACUGCUCAGAAGUUAAUAAGUUUAAUGUCCCUUUUGACUUCACUGACUGUGAAUCGUCCACAGAUCCACAGAACUCAUGUUCAAGCCAUUUGCCCGUGAGACUCAUGGAGGGCACAGAUCCCUGCUCUGGCAGGGUAGAGGUGUACCAUAAGGGCUCUUGGGGGACCAUAUGCGAUAAUUUUUGGGACCUACAGGAUGCUGAAGUGGUGUGUAGACAGCUGGGCUGUGGACCUGCACUCAAGGCGGAAAAGAGUGCCAAGUUUAAGAGGGGAGAUGGUGCUAUCUGGCUAGAUGAGGUAAACUGCAGGGGCAGUGAGCUCUACCUGUGGCACUGUUCUUUUUCAGUGCAGCAGAGCAGCUGCUCACACAAGCAGGAUGCAGGAGUUACCUGUGCAGGUCGGACUGUAACUGCUUCUGACAUAUCUGGACCUCCGAAAGCCAAAAACCAGCCAAAAACAAAGCAGUCUCCCCCAGCACUGUCCUUUGUCGUGUUUGGAUCCCUGAUCUCGGUUCUUCUGCUGUUAAUAACUGGACUCAUUUACAAGAACACAAAAAUGAGAAAAGAACUUGCUACAAGAGAAGAAAACCAGCUACAUCCAGCCAUCUAUGAAGAAAUUAAUUAUAGUUUUAACAGAUAUGCUAUUCAAGAAAGUGAGAAUGUAGCUAACUUCCUAGAUGAGCUGCCCUCAGACUAUGAAGAUGUGGAGGAAAUUGAAGGAGACAAUCUAUUAGACAGGAGGAACAAUGAAGGUAACCCAGAACAUCAUGGUAAUGUUUCUAACAGCAAGAAAAACUUAGGAACACAGUCAGAUACUCUAGAGUACUACAAUGACUCCACUGCACAUCAGACCCUUGAAUAUGAUGAUGUCACUGUAGACCAGACCGUUGACUAUAAUAAUGUUGCUGCGGGGCAUGGUCUAAAGUUUCAGUUUGAUUGCCAUCCAAGUAAUCCUAUGGGACACCAAGCUACUGUGACAUCACUUACCUGCGAUCAAAGAUUUGCUGAAGUUGACAGCAUUGACUAUGAUGAUGUAAGAAACACAAUAUAA